AACAUUUUGCUUGUCAUCAUCUGGAUAGCUCUUUUCCUUCUUCUCUGUAGCUGUAGCAAUUAAUGAAAACGACCUACAAAUCUAUCUCAUUCUAAUCUUUCCCUAUUCUCACACAAAACCUCCAUUCUCAGAGAUGAAGGCCAUGAAAGGAAAGCUGUUGAAGAAGCUCAAGACGGUCAAGGCCAUCGGCUACCUUAAGCCCGACACGAUCCUUCAGGUCAGCGGUUAUUUACACACUUCAGCUCGCCCCCCCUUGGCCGCCAUUGAAGAAUGCCCAAAUUCCAACCUCGAUGUAACGGAGCUGAUCAAGGACCUCCGAGAUGAAGAGACGGACCUCGAUUCGCAGCUCACGGAUGAUAAAGAGAAUGUCAGUCCAGAGGAAAACGAGAAUGUUGUUGAAUCGAAGCCUCCUUCGUCGGAGAUCGAUGCGACGUCGUUUAGGCGGCCGGAUUUGUACUCGGGGAGCCUCUUCGAUCCGAAUCUCCUCGCGGCGUUCGAGCAGGCGGUGAUGGAGGUGAAGGCGAGAGAAGCCGAGAGAAGGAAGCGAAUUGAGGAAGACGGCGAAGAGGAACCGCCUUCCAAGUCGAGAAGGAUCGAUCAGGCUCCCGAUCCGCUGGCGGAAUUCGAGGAGAGGUGCCCGCCGGGAGGGGGAGAGUCGGUGGUGCUGUACACGACGGGGCUGCGAGCGAUCCGGGAGACGUUCGAGGAUUGCCAGAAGACGAGAUCGCUGCUGGAGAAUCUGAGGGUAGUGUUUUUGGAGAGAGACGUGUCGAUGCACUGCGAGUAUAAGGAGGAGAUGUGGAGGAUUUUGGGAGGGAAAAUUGCUCCGCCGAGGUUGUUCAUCAAGGGGAGGUACAUCGGCGGAGCGGAGGAGGUGAUCGGGCUGCACGAGCAGGGGAGGCUGAAGCCGUUGAUGCAGGGGAUUCCGGUGGAUGAUGGGAGGCGGUGUUGUGAAGGAUGCGUUGGAUUGAGGUUUAUUGUUUGUUUCAACUGCGACGGAAGCCGGAAAAUUAUGCCGGAGGGCGACGGGGAGGCUAUUGUUUGCAAUGAGUGUAAUGAGAAUGGGCUCAUAGUUUGCCCCUUUUGCUGCUGAAUCCAGAAAUUACUACACUACUAUUUGUUUGUUGAUUUUUGUAUAAUUGGGAUUCUUUUAUUCAUUGGGGAAAUUGAUAAUAUUAAAGAUUGAACUUGUGUAUUUGAUUGCACUUCACAUGCAAUUCAUGUGUAGUUUUUGUAUACUGUCUGUCUUGUUCUAUGUAUACAAUAUUAGAAACAUUAUUUUUACUGUAUUUCGGACUUUAA